UGCCGAUAUCAUUGAACUCGAUUAAUUGUGUCUAUUAAUGUGUGUUGUGUACUCAGUGUACUCAGUGUAUUGUAGUGAACGCAUGCAGAGAGCUGGACCACCAUGCUACUGCGAGUUAUUGCUGUAGUUACUCUGUGCUGGUUGCACAAUGCUAACUGCCAGUUCGGUCCGAACAAGCAGAGCUUCGGCUACGUGGAUGUCCGCGAGGGGGCGCACAUGUUCUACUGGCUGUUCUACACGACGGCGGCGGCGGCGGCGGCGGAGCGCCCGCUCGUGGUGUGGCUGCAGGGCGGGCCCGGGGGCUCCUCCACCGAGUACGGCAACUUCGCGCUCAUCGGCCCGCUCGACAUGAGGCUGCAGCCCAGGAACUACACUUGGGUGAAUGACUUCAACGUUCUGUUCCUGGACAACCCUGUCGGCACCGGGUUCAGCUACGUCGAUGACUUGUCGUACUUGACUACUGACAAUCAGCAAAUUGGCGAUGACUUUGUUGCAUUCAUGCGUGGUUUCUACUUGAAGCAUCCCGAGUUCGAGUCUGUCCCUCUGUACAUCUACGGACAAUCUUACGGAGGGAAAAUGGCAGUUGACAUGGCUCUUAAAAUGAAAGAGGCAGAAGCUGCAGGAACAAUCAAAUCGAAUCUUAGAGGCAUUGGCAUGGGCAACGCGUGGAUCCACCCGAUAGACCUCACGAACGCCUGGGCUCCGUUGCUGCUGGCUACCGGCCUCGUGGACCAAGCAGGCCACGACCUCAUCAUGGAAGAAGCCAAGAAAACUGAACAAUUAUACAAUGAGGGGAAGUUUAAAGAAUCUACUGCACAGUGGUCUCAGACGCAGUGCGUGCUUCGGACAUCCACAGGACCUCUGGACAUUUACAACAUCUUGGCUAAGGAACCUCGGUUGGGCUUACGGGACGGGGAGACGAAACUUGCCUUGGCUCGAGACCUGCUGCAGUCCAGGCGGCAGCGGCGCGAUGCGGAGGAGUGGGACCCUAAGGAGCUGAUGAAUACGCAGGUAAAGCCGGCGCUGGGCGUCCCGGACCACGUGGUCUUUGGCAGCCAAGAGGACGAAGUGUUCAAGUACCUCGAAACUGACUUCAUGAAUCCUGUCACCGACGGAAUUGAAAGACUCCUGAAUGAGACGGACAUCAUCGUAACCAAGUACAACGGCAACAUGGACCAGAUUUGUGGCACUGCAGGUCAGAUGCUGUGGGUAGAGCGCCUGCAGUGGGCCGGGGCUGUGCAGUUCCAGGCGGCCCCCCGCGAGCCCGUCUGGGUGAACGACCGGCUGGAAGGAUACGUGCAGUCUCACGGCAACUUCCGGUUCUUCUACAUGAACGUGGCGGGACACAGUGUGCCAAAAGACAGCCCGGAAGGGAUGACGGCGAUUCUACGCGAUAUGACUUCGUUUGGUUAAAUAAAAAUAAUAUUUAUUUAA